AUGAGUCCAAUUCAAUUUUUUAACUCAAAACCUCAAGUCUCGGUUCUGAUUUAUCUAUUUAAUCUUCUUUUUAAGCUUUUUUAAUUUCCAAAAUAUUUUUAUCAUUAUCUGUUAAAAAGAAAUUUAUUUUUUCUAAAUCUUUUAAUAUUUAUUUUUUUGAAGCUUCUGGGCUUUCGUAAUCGAUUUUAGAUAUUUAAGUUGCUUUUUAGAUCAUUUUUUAAAGAAGUUAACUAUUUUCAUCUUUUUUUUAAAUAAUUGAUUAGAGUAAGACUAAAUACUUUUCCUUUUUUUAUUAAAUACUAAGGUCUUACCCUUAUAAUAUAGAUUUCAGUUGUUCUAUUUUUGAUAUAUCUAUAUAGGUUUUUAAGAUAUCUUAUUUGUAGUUUUUAAUUUUUUCAAUUUAAUUUAACAUUUUUUCUUUUUGAUCAUCAAUUUUUUCAAUAACUUAAACUAAAAAAUCUUUAAAGUAGGAAUUAAUGUGCUCAGCAAUUUCAUUAAAAUUGUUUUAUAUAACAAUCACGCCAUUGA